AUGAUGGAGGAGAUAUUCAUCCAUAGGAUUCUUGCUUUGUUUCCAAAUGCUGUAGCUCGUAAAUUACCGCUGCCAUUGAUGUUUAUCUUAGUUUUCUGGGUCAUUUACUUCUCUUCCAAAGACCUUGAAAAGGAAAUCCAAAUUAAAACUCUGAUGAGCUGUCCCUAUGUGCCUAGUAGAAUGGCAAAAAAUACAACUAAAGAAAACCCUGCAAUAUCAACUGCUGCCAUAUUAUUUGCUGAUAAUAUAUCCCUUUUCUCUCAAUACUUCAGUUCCUUGUUCAGCUUGAGAAACCCUAUCUCUCUGAAUCAUUGGAACACCUUCAGAAAGUCCUUCUACCCAGAAGUACCACCCGAUCCAGAAUUUUCACCAACAGAGACUGAGCUGAGAAUAAAGGGGGUCAUGGAGAAACUAGACCAGCUGGUCCCACCCAGACCCUUCACCCACGUGAGCUCCACCACCAGCACCACACAUAGCAAAGCCACCCUCCUCAGCCCUCAAGACACAUACUGCAGGGGGGAUCAGCUAGACGUCCUGCUGGAGGUGAGGGACCACUUGGGACGCAGGAAGGAAUAUGGCGGGCAUUUCCUGAGGGCCAGGAUGUCCUCCCCAGCCCUGAAGGCAGGCGCUUCGGGAAAGGUGACAGACUUCAACAAUGGCACCUACCUUGUCAGCUUCACCCUGUUCUGGGAGGGCCGGGUGUCUCUGUCUCUCCUGCUCAUCCACCCCAGUGAAGGGGUGUCGGCUCUCUGGAGGGCAAGGAACCAAGGCUAUGACAGGGUGAUCUUCACAGGCCAGUUUGUCAACGGCACCUCCCGGGUCCUCUCUAAAUGUGGCCUGACCCUACUCUGGAGUGCUGAACUGUGCGAGUACCCGCACUAUCGCGACCAGGAAGCCUUCUACUGCGUGAAGCCUCCACACGUUCCCUGUGAGGCGCUGACCCAUGUGACCACCAGGAAUGCAAACAUUUCCUAUCUCAGAGAGAAAGAAUGGUUCCUUUUCCGCAGGUCCAACAUGGGGCUUGAAAUAAUGAAGGACUUUACCUCCAUCGAGGUCUUGCCAUGUAACAAGUCUAUUAACAUAGAAACAAAAUGUCAGCUUGGCACGAAGACUCCUUUUCCCAGUGGUUAUACUGUGAAAAGAAGGUAGAUUGCAGCAUUUUGCAAACAGAUCAAGUUAAAUGAAACAAAAAAUAUAAAUGACUGCUUGAAGAGAAAACUAAUUUACCUCAUGGGAGAUUCAACACUGUGUCAGUGGAUUCACUACUUACAAAAAGUGAUAAAAACCUUAAAAUGUUUUGAUCAUCAUGGAGCUGGGAUCUUUAAAACACAUGUGCUUCUGGAUGCUGAAAGACAUAUUUUGAUUCAGUGGAAAAAACAUGGUCAUCCAUUUAUUACCAAAAAUCUGUUCUCAGUGAAGGAUGAAAAUUAUAUCCCACGGGAAAUUGACCGGCUAGCAGGAGACAAUGACACAGCCACUGUCAUCACUCUCGGUCAGCACUUCAGACCCUUCCCCAUCAAAAUCUUUAUCCGUAGGGCCAUCAAUGUUCAAAAGGCCAUUGAACGUCUCUUCUUGCGAAGCCCAGAGACCAAGGUGAUCCUGAAAACUGAAAACACCAGGGGGGUGUCUCAAAAUGCAGAGAUGUUUAGUGACUUUCAUGGUUAUAUUCAGAAUCUUACCAUGAGGGAUAUUUUUGUGGAUCUCAACGUGGGUAUUAUUGAUGCCUGGGACAUGACUAUUGCAUAUAACACUGAUAAUGCUCAUCCACCUGAUUAUGUGAUUGGAAAUCAGAUUAACAUGUUCUUAAACUACAUUUGCUAG